GUGAGAAGUGAGCGGCGUGAGAGAGAUACAGCUGGAACUAUGGCUUCUGGGGCUCCGGACGGGAAAUGGAAGGUUGUGAAGAAAGGGAAAAAGAGCGGCGAGAGGAGAGAAGGAGAACGCAAAGCCCUGACUGAGAGCAACGUCACACCCGGGGGCACCGCUCCCAUUAAGAUGGCAAACACUGUGUAUGAGAUGGGCUUUGAUAGAAUUCACAAGAAGCAGAACAAGGAGCAAGUGCCCCCCAAUAACAUGAGCGCAGAGCAGCCGCAGAAGCAGCAGCAGAACCCUGGGAAGAAGAAGCCACAGAGUGGGGACUCUGUCUGUAAGCAGAGCAAAUUCCACACACUGGAGUGUGCACUCAAAGCUCUGGACCUGGCAGAGCUGCAGAGAGAUUUGGAGAAGAGUCAGAACAUGUUUCCCGAAAAUCCCUCAAUCUGGGUGAAGGACCUGGCAGGAUACCUGAACUAUAAGCUGCAGACUGUGAAGAAUGAUGUGCUGAUUCAGCAGUCUCACGAUUACCCAUACUGCUUGAUAAAUAAGGAGCUAAAGGGCAUUGUCCGCUCGUUGCUGGCAAAGGCCCCCCAUGUGCUGGAUGUGAUGGUGGAUCACUGUAUCUUCUCCAUGUUACAGGAACUGGACAAACCCACAGGGGAGUCUCUGCACGGCUACCGGAUCUGCAUCCAGGCUGUUCUGUUGGACAAGCCCAAAACUGUAACCAGCAACUUACCAAAGUACCUGGAGCUGCUGAGAUCCCAUCUGAACAGACCAAUGAAAUGUCUCACUGUCAUGUGGGCUGUAGGGCAGGCUGGAUUUACUGAUCUUACAGAGGGGCUGAAAGUAUGGCUGGGCCUCAUGUUUCCUGUGCUGGGAGUGAAGAACCUGACACCUUAUGCCAUUUUAUACCUGGACCGGCUGCUGCUGGCUCACAGUAACCUGACCAAAGGUUUUGGGAUGAUUGGACCAAAAGACUUCUUCCCUAUCCUGGACUUUGCCUUUAUGCCCAACAACUCUCUCACUCCAAGUCAGCAGGAGAACUUGCGCAACCUGUACCCGAAGUUAAAGGUAUUGGCUCUUGGUGCCACUCCAGAGAGCACCCUGCACACCUAUUUCCCCUCCUUCCUCUCCAGAGCCACCCCAAGCUGUCCUGCUGAAAUGAGAAAAGAGCUCAUCCAUAGCCUGACUGACUGCCUAAACAAGGACUCCCUAAGCUUCAGUGUGUGGCGCCAGCUGUAUACCAAACAUCUGUCCCAAUCCAGCCUCCUCCUACAGCAUUUGGUGGAAACCUGGGAUUCAAACUCCAGAGCGAUGAGGAAAUCUGUGCGGGAAACUGUCCAUUCUUUCAAAGUUACAAAUGGGGAAUUCUCUGGGAAAGGGUCCAGUUCGAAAGACCUGGAAGCAUGUGAUGCAGCUUGUCAGGCUCUGCUGCAUAAGAUGAAAAGUGGUGGCUUCCCGUGGUGGAGGCUCAUAGUCAUUGCCUUUGUCUUUCUAUUUGGAUCUGUGUUGUAUGACGUCAGGACACACAAUUCAUUCCAAGAAUCCACAUCAGCUCAAAUAUUGCAGCAGUCGGGGCUCUUGUCUGUAUCCCGGGAAGCCUGGAACAAGGUUUCCAACUACUCUCUGCAAGGACAAAGCUGGUUAGAGAGGAAUGUACCCCAGUAUUAUUCACAAGCAGUUGAGGUUUUGGGACCAGUCCUUGAGCAGGUGUGGGCAAAGACCCAGGAAGGAGGAGCCUAUGCUUGUGAGAAAGGUUCCGUCCUCCUAUCAUACGCCAAGGACAACUUACCAAGGCUGAUCGAAUGGCUCCAUUCCAGCAUUCCUGAUUCAGUCUUUCAGUUUAUCGAGUACCUGAGGGAACUGCUGCUUCAUUUACACCAGACGUAUCUCUUACCAGCGGUGACGUAUUUAGAGGCGGCCGUACAAAACUCCUGGCAACAGUAUGUGAAGUCUUGCAAUGGGAAGGUGACGUGGGACUGCGUUAGGGGCCAAGUCGGCAACAUCAGUCAUUCCUCUUGGACUUACCUGCAAAACACAACCAUGACUUUCACAAACUGGGCCCUGACCAUCAUUUCCCGCCACUAAAGAUUCUUCCUUGUAGAAUGGGAGCUGCUUCACAAUCCGUCUCCUACCCAAAAGACUGAACUCUGUAAUGGCUGUGCAUCCCGCCGGGACCCCCGAAGGAGUCAAAAUCCAUCUGCCUGGCUCAGUGGGGGGCACUGCCUCUGUCAUGGGCACAAACCUUCCGCCAUUUUGUGUUUGUAUUCCCGAGGUGAGUCAGGAAAUGACUGCUUCUGGCCACUUGGUCGUUUACAGCCUACGUGUGUUUGUGUAUGUCUGUCUGUCUGUCUGUAUGUCUGUAUGUAUGUAUGUAUGUAUGUAUGUAUGUAUGUAUGUCUGUCUGUAUGUAUGUCUGUCUGUAUGUCUGUAUGUCUGUAUGUCUGUAUGUAUGUAUGUAUGUAUGUAUGUAUGUACGUACGUGGCUGCACGACUACCAGGUGGUAUCAGCAGACUGUCUCCAUUACUCUGGCUGCAGACUAUCCAUACUAGAAGACUCCUGCGUGCUUAUGUCACUGAUCAGUCCUAUUUAACCUGUGUAACAGUUGUGUGAAGUCUAAUGGUACCGGCAAGUACUUAAUUCUCCAGACUCCAAUAACCAGUGUCUUACAGUCCCAGUAACCCUCGUGCCACGGCUCUGCCUGCUUCUGCCAUCAGUACAGUCGCUGGAUCUCAUAUAUUUUUAACCAAAUAAAGACACUUCCGUUCCACUAAAGGAAUAUGUAGAAUCCUGUCUGCACGCCCCUUGCUGUGCACUUACACGGGGGCCACUUCCGGGUCCCCAGUAAAAUCUAUGAAAAUUGCAGUGAGAUAUAUAAUAAAUUUGUUUCACAAAUAAAUGUUUCCUUUUAA